UUACUUAAUUGUAAACUUUUUUUCAAAAUGAAGAAACAUUGCUCUUUGUGUAUCCUUAACAUCCCUUGACGGGCCGGCUGUCCUCUUUCUGGCUCCACAGGGAGAAAGGAGGCUGGAGGGAGGGGAGAGGGCAUCAUGGGAAAAGGCGUCCAGCUUGCCUCAGGCACCUGCUCAUUUUUAAUAAGUCUUUAAAAAGGACAGCUCUUUACCAAAGAAAACAAAGUGGAGCUUAGGGAGGCAUUCAGGAGACUGUUAUUACAGAUGUUCAGUAUCUCAGGACUAAGAACAUAUUCUCAAUGAAAAUGUUUCUCUUCUAAUAGUUUUCUCUUUGAAUAUUUCUCUCCUUCCUCUCCCUCUCUCUCUCUUUCUCUCUUUUGUGUGUGUGAUUGGAUCUUUCCCACAGGAUCAGAGCCAGAAAAGAGGUGUUGUCUUCUAUUGAAAAAAACUAGAAGUGAACUAUACUUACCAUAAAGGAAGAAAAACAUGUCACGAGACUAUACAAAAGAAAAUUAAAAUCCUCCUAAUUACAACACCCAGAUACAAUUAAAUCGGCGUGUUAGCCAAGACUUUCAUCGACCAAGGGAAGCUUAUCCCAGAUGAUGUCAUGACUCGGCUGGCUCUACACGAGCUGAAAAACCUCACUCAGUGCAGCUGGCUGUUGGACGGUUUUCCAAGGACACUUCCACAGGCAGAAGCCCUGGACAGAGCUUAUCAGAUAGACACGGUGAUUAAUCUGAACGUGCCCUUUGAGGUCAUUAAGCAGCGUCUCACUGCUCGCUGGAUUCAUCCCGCCAGCGGCCGAGUCUACAACAUUGAGUUCAACCCUCCCAAAACCGUGGGCAUUGAUGACCUUACUGGAGAGCCUCUCAUUCAGCGUGAGGACGAUAAGCCAGAGACAGUUGUCAAGAGACUGAAGGCGUACAAAGCCCAAACAGAGCCGGUCCUGGAAUAUUACCAGAAAAAGGGGGUGUUGGAAACAUUCUCCGGAACAGAAACCAACAAGAUCUGGCCCUAUGUCUAUGCUUUCCUACAAACAAGGGUUCCACAAGUAAACCAGAAAGCAUCAGUUACUCCAUGAGGAAAAGUGCAUAAAACCAGUAAGAUGAGCAGGGGCUCCUCGUCCGCAGCCUGCCAUGUAUGAGUUUUUUUGAAAAUUGUAUUAGUUUCAGUUGUACUGAUUUUAUUCUGGAAAUUAAGGAUAUGUCCAAUGACGAAGAUUCAUAUUUCCGUCCAAUGUGUUUUAUCCACUUAUCUUCUAUGGGCAUGCAAUUAAAAAAUAUCGGAUACGUCUUAACUUCUGAAAAUUUGUCUAAAGGAUAAUUAAAAGAGCAAUCGGAAAUAACGUAAGUUUUGUUCAGAAGAGCAAGUGAUACAAAUUUUAUUUUUCUGGAAAAGCUAAUAAAAAAAAUUCCACGUCACUCUGGAAAGUAUCUCAUCAGAGAAAUUUGCAUAGACUGUUGCCCAAAAAACGGCAUCACUAGCAUUAUGGUACAUGGUUUUGUGAGACACUAGGUCUAUCAAAUUCCAGAAAACAACUGGAAACGCGCAUGUUUCAGGAUGCAAAUUCACUGCUGCCUUUAUACUAAGAAACUUACAAGCAUAGCCAUUUUUGCUGUAUUUAUUUUGUCGUUAAACAUACCUUCAUUUUACUCAGAAUUUUCAGUCUGCUAUACAAUUGUAUUAAACUAGCAUAUAGGAAAAUACUACUUUCCUAUGACAUGUUGUCUUUUGAGAAUACGUGUCCUGAGGAAAAUGUUAGAAAGUGACCCUACAAGUUCUUGCAGAAGCACCGAAGUUGAAUUGUCCACAGAAAAUGUCAUUACAGUCUUAUGUUUCUGGGUGUUACUCAGGCUAAGAAAUAUGUGCUACUUGCCAGAAAUAUGACCUACUUGCCAGCUUCUGAUCAGUGUGUAACCUCUGGGUGAAGAGUAACCAGUUAAAGUACAAAAAGAAAAGCAAAGCCACGGCCCGAAGUGAAGUAAGCAUACUUGGUCAUCAGGAAGUAGGAACAGGUGUGCCUGGGGAGCAUUCCCUUGACAGAGGGAACAAUCCUAAUUAGUAAUCAGGUGUAACAAUUAAGAAGGAUUUACCUGAAAGGCUGAAAAGGACCGGGAAGGUAACUGCGUUUGCUGAAGUUCUUUGUUCAUCAGAGAAGCGGACACCUCGCUUUCCCUGCUGCCCUGUCGUCUGGCAGGAGAACUGUGUUUGCAUGCUGGGCAGCCAUCUAAGAGUGACGACAAUUUGGUUUCUUAGCGGGGCAGCAAGGAUGCACGCUUCUGUCCUGUGGCCUGCUGGGAAGAGCGGGGCGAUGAGGCGGAGGGGAAACCCAACCACAUCUUCAAGGGCAUAUUUACUCUUCUUUUACCUGGUGCUGAGUCCAACGAAACGAGUCCUCGUACAAGCGGUUAACUGCCUGUGAACAUUUGGCCCAUUUUAUUCCAGGCGCUUAAAAUACACAUGCCAGCAAGUUGUUCUUUAUUCUGUAGGGAGAAACUCUUCUCUUUCGAUUUUUAAAAAUUCAAUGUUAAUCUUUCAGAAUGGACCAAGGCUUUUAAAAAUAGUAAGCAUUUCUUUACAAAAGUUUCUACGAUGCUUUAUUUGAAUGUUAAUAUUAUGUGCUUUUUAAAACGGUUGGGAACUACUAAGCUUAGGAAUUAUCACUGGGUUAGCAGGUACAUGAGUAUUAAUGUUCUACAAUAAAAGUGAAUUUUAGAACUGUGGGUAUUACUCUGUGUCCAGCAUUCCACAGGGCUGACUCCAUCCCACCCUUCUGUUCUGCUGCCCUGAUGUCUCCCGCACUUCCGAAUUAGUGACUACUUUCUAAUAAUUGUCUUAAAAUUAAAGCUGUGUCUGAAACCAGUACAGAGGCUGGUUUCAUUUUAAGCUAGAUCUCCUGCUGUAGUAUUGCAGGCAUACUGGACACACUUGGAUUUGGAACUCAAAAACGGCAGAAGUACAUGGCUAUUGAAAGUAAGACCUCUUCCUGUGACCACUCCCUCCCCGCCUCAGAACACAUAACCGGAAGUUUUGCACGUACAUCCAUUACUUUGGGAAAUGCUCGCACUAUUACUUUUUUGCUUUAUUAAAGCAAAUAAAGAGAACUUGUUUUACGCCGAGUUGAUGUCAUAGACCGUUCUGAUGAAGACUGUCAUUGUUGAAAAGCUCAGUGACCGCCUUCGUGAUUUAAGUGCCACAUGGAAGUAUGUCCAGAGCUGAAUGCCAUGGUGAGGAGAAGCUACCAUGCCUUAGUUAAAAGGCUGGUGAGGACGGUACCUCAGCCCACGACCCUGCGUUCUGGGGUACCCGUCGUUCUGGUACACCUUUCGCAAGCAGAAUGUGCUGCGGGAAAUGCCAAUUGGCAACACCAUCUGCAAAUAGUCUCCAUCUCUCUUUUGAGAUGGGUUAAAUACUGGCUCAAACUUUAAGCCCCAGUCCAUAGCUGUUUUCCAGCCAGGUGUUUACAAUGGCAAAUAUCUGAGCAAAAUACCUGAGACAUUCAACAGUCUGUGGCAAAACUUACGUUAACAACAGAUCAUGGUGAUUACAGACCUGAAACUGCUGUUAGUACCCGCAACCAACAUCAAGAAUAAAUUUGUAUUUAAAACAUGUUUGUAAGUUGUGUCUUCUCGUUGACAAAAUAAAUAGCUUUCUUAACUUUGCAAUUCAAGAUUUUGAUUUUGGAAGUUACUAGUUUAAAAUGUGUAAAGCACGGUAAAAGCCAAUAUGCUCAGUAGAGUGCAUACCUGACUCCUUGUUUUUGUUUUUUUGUAAACUAACAAUGACGUUUUCCCAUAUAUGUAGCACUGGGUAAAGUUAAAUUGUCAUGCCAAAUUGUAUUUUGGAAGGAUUUUACCCGAGGAAAUCAAUUUGAUGAUGUUUCAUAUUUUACCAAAAGACUCUUUAAGUGUUUGAAUAGUAAACAGCAGGAAGAACCAUGCUGUUUUAAGAAACCAAGUGAACGAUCCAAUCAUUUUAUCAUUUUCAUACUAAGAAAAAAGUUCAAAUCUAAUGCUUCAAGGCGUAUGAGAAUGGUUUUGACUUCACUAUUAGAUGCUAAGCAAUUCAUAAUCAACAUUUUAUUCAUGUUUGUAACCGCCCCCUCCCCCAACCCCCCGCCACCCCGCCAUCAGCUUAAGCAAGCAAGCAAAUACCUCUUCGAGGAGUCUGCUUUUCGGAGACCUGUGACAUGGUAACAAACGUCCACUAUGGAAAUCAACGCAAAGGAUUUUCAGGGUUUUAAAAUGCGUAUCACAUAGAUGCAAAACCGAAAUGAACAGCCUUAAGCUUAAAUUUGACAAGUGCAUCUCUGUCCGGGAUCAAUUUAAGAACUGAAAUACGUGACUGAUUUUUGAGAAUAGUAAACGGACAUCUUUAUUUUUCUCAAAAAAUACCCCAAGGUUAACUUCAGGAUCACUUUGUCUCAAUCUACAGUUUUUCAUCCUGUAAAAAAAAUCCACUUAUUAAACCAGAUUCAUGUUCUUUGGUCAGCCCGUUAUUCUUUUUUUUUUUUAAGUCUAUUUAUUUUGAAAGAGAGAAAGAGAAUCCCUGCAGGCUCUGGACCGUCAGCGCAGACUGAUGUGGGGCUUGAACCCAGGAAACGUGAGAUCAUACCUGAGCAGAAAUCAAGAGUCGGAUGCUUAACCUACUGAGCCACCCAGGCACCCCAUGUGAAUUCACUUUUAAUGUUUAUUUAUUUUUGGGAGACAGAGCGUGAGCAGGAAAGGGGCAGAGAGAGAGGGAGACACAGAGUCCGAAGCAGGCUCCAGGCUCUGAGCUGUCAGCACAGAGCCCGAUGCGGGGCUUGAACUCACAAACUGUAAGAUCCUGACCUGAGCCGAAGUCGGAUGCUUAACCGACCGAGCCACCCAGGCACCACGUCAUGUUAAUUCACUUUUAAAGGGGGAACAGGACUGUUAAAGAACACUCAGUUUUCCUAAAGGUAAGUUAUAGGACACUGUGAGCUUAUUACACAAAAUUUGAAAGAGCCCACUAAUGGUGUAACUGGAUGAGAAUGUUACCCAUCUCUAUCUUGUAGAGAAUAAUUUUAAAUUCGUAUUCUCUGCACUACCAUAGAUAAAAUGACACGGAGUUAGCAGGCAGUAAAUGGAGUGGUAGCAACCCAAUUAAAAAAAAUCUUUUCUUAGAAGCUUACUUUUACCAAAUGAAACAAAAGUCUUUGAUGGAUCCUUUCAGUCAUCUGUUGGGACAUUUCAUCUGUCUGGACAGCCCACCAAAGUUCAUUUUGAAAUGUGAAUUAUCCCCUUGCUUAGUACAAUCAUUAUUUCUUAAGAAACAGAGAAGAGGACAUUUUUCUUAAAAGUAGUUUGUGGU